AUGGUGUCCGUAGACGUCCACAUCGUCCUCAGACAAGUCAACAUUGGUGCUGCUCAUCUCUGGAAUCCAUCAGACUCGUCUUGGAUUGCCAGUAUUGCCGCCAUUUUCUAUGCCUUGGCGAUUGCCGUUGCGAGCCCCGUCAUUCUCCUUGUAGCAUUGGAUUUCACCAGCUAUGCCAUCGUCCGUACUCUCGGCAUUGAUAAUGCCCAUCCAACGUCUUCAAAACGCCUCGAAUCCUCGACUCCCGUCCUCGAGGCGGACCCAGCGGCCUCUGCCUCGGUCAUCAAGGGCAAAGGUCGAAAGCCAUCCGCGAUAGCGAUUCCACCACCUUCACUCGAUGCAGGGACACCACCACAGAUUUAUUUCACGACCCCAGGUGCUGCAAAUCUAAAGUUGGCCGGCGUCGGUCUGUUCAGUCCGCCACAUUCGAGGACGCCCUCCCCUCCGAUCACUCGCCGGUCGAGUGCAAAACAGUUUGCAUCUCAAGUCUCUUUAGGGUCCAUUAUCGAUGGCCCAAAAGGGGCCACACCCCAUCCGGAAGCUCAGGAACCUGCUUUGCACGCGCAGCCUCAGAACGGUUCCGAUGACGACGCAGAGACCCCUUUGCCCGUUCUCCUACGCCGGAGAAAACCUACAGCACUGACAUCUGGCUCGUGA